CUCUCCGUCCUCAGGGAUUUCCUGCAAAUCGGGUUCCUAUGCUCCUCCCUGAAGCUGCUGAGUGUGCUGGGCUGCAGAAGUGGAUCCUCUGAUAUCUGGUUCUGGUUCUGCUGGUUCUGGUUCUGCUGGUGGAGGCGGGGGUCAGAGGGCCCAGUGGGGGGGGCCGGUCCUGAUCGAGCCUCUUGAAGAUGAACAGACUGAGCUUCCACAACAACAGAACCAUGCAGGACCGCCGCUGCGUCUGUGUCUUUCUGCCCAACGACGACACGCUCAACGUCAUCGUCAACGUGAAGACUGUGUGUCAGGAGCUGCUGGUGCAGGUGUGUGAUCUGCUGAGGCUGAAGGACUGCCACCUGUUCGGACUCAGCGUCAUUCAGAAUAAUGAACACAUCUACAUGGAGCUGGAUCAGAAGCUCUCUAAGUAUUGUCCUAAAGAGUGGAAGAGGGAGGCCAGCAAGGGCAUCGACCAGUUUGGGCCUCCGAUGAUAAUCCACUUCAGAGCUCAGUAUUACGUGGAGAAUGGGAGACUGAUCAGUGACCGUUCUGCCCGGUAUUAUUACUACUGGCACCUGAGGAAGCAGGUGCUGCAGUCGGAGUGUCUGCAGAGGGAGGAGGCGUACUUCCUGCUCGCUGCCUUCGCCCUGCAGGCCGACCUCGGGAACUUCAAAAGGAACAAACACUUCGGGAAGUACUUUGAACCGGAGGCCUACUUCCCCCCCUGGGUGAGUAAAACUGAGGAGGAACAGAUCGAGAUGCUGGUGGACGACCCCAAAGAUUACGAGGAGCUUGACGAGUCGGCUCUGGAUCAGGAGCUGUGUAUCCACAUCACUGAGGACAUGUUGACCAUGUCUCCAGAUCACACCAACGGGUACUCAGGUCUGAUAGUGAAGGAAGUGAGCUCGUCGACCUCCAGCUCUUCAGAGACCGUCGUCAAGAUGAGAGGACAGAGCAUCGAGUCUCUGCCCCAGACGUCCUCCUGCAGGAAACCCCCCUCCUCCUCCUCGGACCGUCACUCUCAGUCUCUGGACGACGUGCGGCUGCAUCAGAAGGAGAUGCUGCAGUGGGCGGAGCUAUGCCAAGACUCCGCCCACAGUUACACCUUCGGCUGCGCCCAGGAGCUCAGUGAUGGUGGCGGGGGGGUCGGAGGCGGAGCCUAUCAGGGCCUGGCCGAGCAGAGGGCCGGUCUGAUGGCGGGGGAACAACAACAACAACAACAACAACAGCAAGAGAACCCCUUCCCCAUCAAGAGGACCAACAAGUACUUCAGCCUGGACCUCAGCAACGAGGAGGUGCCCGAGUUCGUGGUGUGAGGAAAACAUGGAGGACUGAGAAACAAACAUGGAGGCCGAGAGGAGACGUCUUUAAUAAACUGACAAAAAGAUGGCGUUCCCUUCAGGAGUAACAAACAAACAUGGAGGCGGAAAGAGAUCUUAAAGACGUCUCUAACCGGAGCUGAAGCGAUUCACUUUUGUAUUCAACUCUGUCUCCUCCGAACUGAACCACAUCGUCUGUUUCUGGUGUUUCCAGAGGAGCGUUUCCAGGACGAAAA